GAUAAAUGAAGACAAACGUACAAAAACAGAGAUAAGAUGUAUUCUGAUUGCUAGUGAGAAUGACAGUGAGUACUGAGUACUGAGUAGUGGCGGGAGCGACGUCGAAACUCGAUUUGUUGGCCAGUUAGUGACAUAAGUGACCUCGAGCGGAACGCACGGCUAUCGACACAAAAAAUGGCGUCUUUCGACUUUAAUACAGUUCCGGUAAAAGAGAAGGCUCUAUAUACACCACCACUCGAAGAAGUUGUAGAUGUUCUAUCACGUGGUCUACGCAAGACGUUUGAGAGUGUGAGCGUCACAGCUGAGGAGUGCCCUGACCUCAGGAAGGCACCAUUCGACCUUACUACACCUGGAUUGAACGGAGACGCUAAGCUCGUGGAGCUGGGAGGUCCUCCGUACCUGGUGCCGACGGUGCAGCGGGACAAGGUGUACGACCUGGCUGAGCUGCUGCGCCACCUGGGGCGAGAUCCUGCGCUGCUGGCGGGCGCGGGAGCGGGGCCCUGGCCCUUCAUCGGGGUCAACUGCGAGGGCAUCGUGAACCUGGCGGUGCGAGAGGGUGUGGUGGCUCAGGGCUCGCACAUCGUGUCGGUGCACCCGGUGGGUGCCGCCAAGGGCCGCAGCGGUUACCUUCAGCAGCGCCUCCCCACCAACGAGACCCGCUCGGCGCUGCUCGGCAACUACCUGCUCUCGGAGGGCAAACCUGGCAAGGUUAUAAAAGUAGAAGUGAAGAAACGCAUCGGACCGUCGAACUUCAUCACAGCGAUCAGAGAAUCUCUAUUGGAACACUAUGGUGAUAAAGUUAUUGGCAUGGGGGGCGCGUUUGUGCUGCGCGAGGGAAAAGUGAAGCACCACGUGAUGCCAGACUUCUCCCCCACGCCCCUCUGUACUGACUCGGACGUCGACACUUGGCUCCACUACUUCGAGAUGCGUGCACCCAUCAUGCACUUGGGCACGCUUGUCACCGGAGAUAUGGGCAUGGAUCUUCGACUGCAACACUUCCACGGGUACAGUCAGCACGGCGACGGCGGUCACUACCACUAUGACACCACGCCCGCCGAAGUGCACUACGAGGGAUACUUCACGCUGGCCGGAGCUGUUUUGCGAAUCGAUCCGCCCGCUGUCACGCACGCGUUAGGCCGGGACUGAGCCCUCCGCUCUCCUAAAACCACACUCAUCCAGUGCCACCCACAAAUAAUAAUAAAAAAAAAAGCAAUAAUUUAAUGCGUAAUCGUCUCCCAAACGUGUUUGUCUUGUAUACGCUGGUUGUUUAGUUCAUCCCAUUUCGUGCGUUCCAUAGUUCCCUUGAGUAUUCAUGAACCAUUUUUUUAUUGAAAUUUCGUAAAUAAAUGUAAUUUGAUGCGAUAACGCUUUUCUGCUGACUUAUUGGUUGAAACAGAGUAUACAUCCAACUUUACACUUUUUUUUUUGUAAUAAACAACCUCGUGUAAUUUUUAACAGUUGAGACACUAGUUAAAAUCAUUAAGAAGUUUCGGAGAAUCUACUUAAAAAUAAUUUGUUUUAAAGAUUUUAUUUUGCAAAUAUAUAGCUUUAUAUAACUGCACAAUACUUGUAAAUAUAAACAUGUGUAAGUAUGUAAUAUUUUUGGUGUUACCUACUCCAAAUAAAAUAUCAAUGUGAACAUUACUUAACAUGUAGUUUUAAAUAUGUACCUAUAUAAUAUAUUUGUAAUCUUAAACACUAUAUACGAUGAAUAUUUUGUUAAUGACAGAGUACUAAUAAGGACCUGUUUUUAUUAAAUUUUACAUAAACACUUAAAAAUAUCAAGAGUAUUAUUUUUGGUCGCCAGACUAAACCAACAAUGUUUCUUUUUUCUUUUCUUCUCUUUCCAAGAAACAAGUGACUAAAUGAGGCAUUUUUUCAGUAAAUUUGAUGAAACCCAUUUUACACAAUUAUAAAGCUAUACCUGUAUUUGCAUAAAAUAAAGAAUCUAUUCAAAUACUGGUAGAAAUGAUUCGAUUUUGUAUUUUUUUAAUAUUUUAUAAUGGCCAUAUUUUCGUUAUUGGGCUCUGUAGUGCAACUUACGACUAUAAUAUGUUCCGCUGUACAAAUAAAACAUUAAGCA